AUGGUUUUCUCCACCAAGGAAGUUUUCCGCGGGUUGAAUGAGAGCUUUCCCCGCCCUCUUCCCCAAGGGCUAUAAAGGCAGCCGUCUGCACAGCCAGCCAGCAGAAGCUCCCUCAGCGAGGACAGCAAGGGACCAGCCAGGAGGGAGAACAGAAACUCCAGAACACCCUGGAAAUAGCUCCCAGAAAAGCAAGCAGCCAACCAGGCAGGUUCUGUCCCUUUCACUCACUGGCCCAAGGCGCCACAUCUCCCUCCAGAAAGGACACCAUGAGCACAGAAAGCAUGAUCCGAGACGUGGAACUGGCAGAAGAGGCACUCCCAAAAAAGAUGGGGGGCUUCCAGAACUCCAGGCGGUGCCUGUGUCUCAGCCUCUUCUCAUUCCUGCUUGUGGCAGGGGCCACCACGCUCUUCUGUCUACUGAACUUCGGGGUGAUCGGUCCCCAAAGGGAUGAGAAGUUCCCAAAUGGCCUCCCUCUCAUCAGUUCUAUGGCCCAGACCCUCACACUCAGAUCAUCUUCUCAAAAUUCGAGUGACAAGCCUGUAGCCCACGUCGUAGCAAACCACCAAGUGAAGGAGCAGCUGGAGUGGCUGAGCCAGCGCGCCAACGCCCUCCUGGCCAACGGCAUGGAUCUCAAAGACAAUCAACUAGUGGUGCCAGCCGAUGGGUUGUACCUUGUCUACUCCCAGGUUCUCUUCACGGGACAAGGCUGCCCCGACUAUGUGCUCCUCACCCACACCGUCAGCCGAUUUGCUAUCGCAUACCAGGAGAAAGUCAACCUCCUCUCUGCCAUCAAGAGCCCCUGCCCCAAGGACACCCCUGAGGGGGCUGAGCUCAAACCCUGGUAUGAGCCCAUAUACCUGGGAGGAGUCUUCCAACUGGAGAAGGGGGACCAACUCAGCGCUGAGGUCAAUCUGCCCGAGUACUUAGACUUUGCCGAGUCUGGGCAGGUCUACUUUGGAGUCAUUGCUCUGUGAAGGGAAUGGGUGUUCAUCCAUUCUCUACCCAGCCCCCACUCUGACCCCUUUACUCUGACCCCUUUAUUGUCUACUCCUCAGAGCCCCCAGUCUGUGUCCUUCUAACUUAGAAAGGGGAUUAUGGCUCAGGGUCCAACUCUGUGCUCAGAGCUUUCAACAACUACGACACUCAGAAACACAAGAUGCUGGGACAGUGACCUGGACUGUGGGCCUCUCAUGCACCACCGUCAAGGACUCAAAUGGGCUUUCCGAAUUCACUGGAGCCUCGAAUGUCCAUUCCUGAGUUCUGCAAAGGGAGAGUGGGUCAGGUUGCCUCUGUCUCAGAAUGAGGCUGGAUAAGAUCUCAGGCCUUCCUACCUUCAGACCUUACCAGACUCUUCCCUGAGGUGCAGUGCACAGCCUUCCUCACAGAGCCAGCCCCCCUCUAUUUAUAUUUGCACUUAUGAUUAUUUAUUAUUUAUUUAUUAUUUAUUUAUUUGCUUAUGAAUGUAUUUAUUUGGAAGGCCGGGGUGUCCUGGAGGACCCAGUGUGGGAAGCUGUCUUCAGACAGACAUGUUUUCUGUGAAAACGGAGCUGAGCUGUCCCCACCUGGCCUCUCUACCUUGUUGCCUCCUCUUUUGCUUAUGUUUAGAACAAAAUAUUUAUCUAACCCAAUUGUCUUAAUAACGCUGAUUUGGUGACCAGGCUGUCGCUACAUCACUGAACCUCUGCUCCCCACGGGAGCCGUGACUGUAAUCGCCCUACGGGUCAUUGAGAGAAAUAAAGAUCGCUUGGAAAA